AUGGAGCCAAACAGCAACAGCGUAGAAGAUUUCUCCUUGAAUGUCUUUUCUGUCACUCCUUCUCAGUCAAACAGAUCUGAUGCCCUGGUGUCAGAUGGGGAUAAAACUGGUGCCACUUUGCUCUUUUCAGGUGUGUUUUUGGGACUGGUGGGGAUCACUUUCACUGUGAUGGGAUGGAUAAAAUACGACGGCAUUACUCACCUGGAGUGGACUCAAUUACUAGGGCCUAUUCUGCUGUCUGUUGGGGUAACUUUUAUUCUGAUUGCUGUUUGUAAAUUUAACAUGCUUACGUGUAAGACCUGCAAAGAAAGAGAGGAAAAUACGUUAGAUCUCGACCAGACAGCAAGCGGACAAUCCUUUGUCUUCACUGGCAUUAACCAGCCUAUAACUUUUCAUGGUGCCACAGUGGUACAGUACAUCCCUCCGCCGUACCCAGCCCAGGAGGGCAUUGCUGUAAGCCCUGGCUACCUUCACCCGGUGCUCAGCUGCUGUGGUGCUGUUUCCCCCAGUGCCUCAUCAAUUCCCAGCCCGGGCUCUGCUCACUUCUGCGCUGCCUACCCCCUGGAUAACCUGGCUUUUACUGGAGAUGAGAACUAUGCUGCUUACCCUCCGGAGAAUACCAGCGAUCAGAGGUCAGAGAACCGUUCCGAUGAGCCAGAAGAACCGCUGGAAGACUACGCCUGUGAUGACUUGUCACCUCCACGUUAUGAGGAAAUAUACCCAUUCUCUUCAUGA